GAGCAGAGUGCAGGCGCGCGGGGCUGCAACAGUGCAAAAGUAGCAGAGCAUCCUUAUUCGUUUACCCAUUAACGUCCUCUGUGAUUUCCAGAAGCAUUAGGAGCUCCUUGCUGGCGGAGCUGCGAUUCCCUGCUGCUCACGGGCAGUGCCGCUGGAGCGCUCCGUGUUCUGCUGCUGAGCUCGGGCUGAGACUGUAGCAGGGAACUCCCAGGCUCAGGGCAUGCCCAUCAGAGCCACCUGAGCCAUUGGGUUUUGGGCUCCUUGGAUACCCCACAGCCACCCCAAAGAGGCCAUGGAGCCCAGUGGCGAUGGUGCCAAUGCCAGCACCUAUGGGCUGGUCCUGCAGAGCCGCCCCAAUGGCAGCACACAGUUCACUGGUGUGCAGCUCAUCCAGUCCUUCAAACCCCUCAUCAUCCCCUGCUAUGCCCUGGUGGUCCUGGUCGGCAUCUUCGGCAACUACCUGCUGCUCUACGUCAUCUGCAAGAGCAAGAAGAUGCACAACGUCACCAACUUCUUCAUUGGGAACCUGGCCUUCUCGGACAUGCUGAUGUGUGCCACUUGCGUGCCCUUCACCCUGGCGUACGCCUUCAACCCACAGGGAUGGAUCUUUGGGAAGUUCCUGUGCUACUUUGUGUUCCUGAUGCAGCCCAUGACAGUCUACGUCUCUGUGUUCACACUCACGGCCAUCGCAGUUGACAGGUACUACGCCACCGUGCACCCCCUGAAGAAGCGCCUGUCGCUCACCAGCUGCAUCUACGUGGUGGGGGCCAUCUGGCUGCUGUCCUGCGCCCUGGUGGCCCCCGCCGUGGCCCACACGUACCACGUGGAGUUCCAGCAGCAGGGCUUCGCCAUCUGCGAGGAGUUCUGGAUGGAGCAGGAGGAGCAGCGCCUGGCCUACGCCUACAGCACGCUGAUCGUCACCUACAUCCUGCCGCUGUCCGCCGUCUCCCUGUCCUACCUCUGCAUCUCGGUGAAGCUGCGCAACCGCGUGGUGCCCGGGCACCCCACGCAGAGCCAGGCUGAGUCCGACCGCUUGAGGAAGAGGAAGAUCUUCCGCCUCAUCGUGCUGGUGGUGGCUGCUUUCGGGGUGUGCUGGCUGCCCAUCCACGUCUUCAACAUCAUCCGCGACAUCGACAUCGACCUCAUCGACAAGCACUACUUCCUGCUCAUCCAGCUGCUGUGCCACUGGUUUGCUAUGAGCUCUGCCUGCUGCAACCCCUUCCUCUACGCCUGGCUGCACGACCGCUUCCGUGGGGAGCUGCGCAAGAUGUUCUCCUGCGAGCCACGCAUCCUCCCGGCCAGCCACUGUGCUGCUGCUGUGCUCUGAGCUUGGCACCAGCACCGGGGUGUUGUCCUGAAUGAAUGAAAUAAGAGCCAGGAGGCGUUCGGUUGGGCUGUAGUUAGCUGCCUGUCGCGUUAAUUUAAUAGUAUGACUUUCAUUAAAUCCAUGGUUGGGUGUUGGGAAUGGAA